AUGGCUACACGGUUCACCGUCACCCACUCGGCCUCCAUGGCCGCAAACCUCUCUCCCGCCUCCGGCAAAGGCGGCGCCACGCGGUUGUUUCACGGUAUCUCAAAGCGAUCGCGGAUUUUUCAACACCCGUUGUUGGGAAACCCGAUCCGAGUUAUUCCGGAUUCUCCCGCUCUGGAUUGGCGACUGAUUUCAGAAGACCGAUGCCGUUUGCUCAGGCGAUUCUGUCUGGGGAAAUUGUUGGAGGAAGGAGUCAAUCGCCAGUUAUCGCGUCCUUAUCCCUUCCUUUCAUUCAUGGUUCUAACUGGUUGCCAUGUAAAGGGUUCGCUAGCGCAGAGGUGGACAGGGGAAAGGCACUUUCUGGUACCGAAUCCGUUGGAGACUCGGAUUGCUAGUCGUGGUGGCCGUAAAUGUUCUGAAGCAUUGGCGGCCAUCAAGAAUAGUUGUGCAAGUGCAAGCAGUGUGAAGGUUUUGCAACAGAAACAUGGUGGUAGUAAGUCUGAUAAUAGUUGGCCUUUGAAAAUGUUGAACUUCUGUUUUACCUCUGAGGAUGCUAAGGCGGCUUUCACUGCCGUCAGUGUUGGCAUGUUGUUCAAAUCAACUUUGGCGGAGCCGAAGUCGAUUCCCUCAAUGUCUAUGUACCCGACACUUAAUGUGGGUGAUCGAAUUCUGGCUGAGAAGGUUUCUUAUGUUUUCAGGAAUCCUGAAGUUUCAGACAUUGUGAUUUUCAAGGCUCCUUCAUUUCUUCAGGAAGUUGGAUUUAGUCCGUCUGAGGUGUUCAUCAAAAGAGUAGUAGCAAAAGCUGGUGAUUGCGUUGAAGUUCAUGGUGGAAAAUUGAUGGUCAAUGGUGUAACUCAAGACGAGGACAUCAUCUUGGAGCCAAUUGAGUAUUUAAUGGACCCAAUGCUUGUACCGGAGGACUGCGUGUUUGUGUUGGGAGACAACCGAAACAAUAGUUUGGACUCUCAUAACUGGGGCCCACUGCCUAUCGAGUACAUUGUUGGUAGAUACCUCUUCCGCUACUGGCCUCCUUCAAAAGUAUGCAGCACUCUUCACAGCACUCCCCAGCAAUGGGGUGUUGUUGCAUUUUCGUGA